AUGGUUGAGGCCCGGGCAGCAGAGACCAAGAGAUUGGUCGACCGCAUCUUGCAGGCAGAGCAAAGCGCAUCGGAGCUGCAUCCGUACCUCAAGAUCUUAGAACUAUCUCCAGGCUUCCAGGAUGCUGAGCUUCGGCGCAAGAAAGAGCUGGCCUCGUUGCUUCAUCCUAAGAGCAUGGACGGCACAGUCGCCCAUCUCUGUGGUGGCUGGGAUCGUGUUUGCCAGGCCUCCUGUCUCCUGGAGGCUGCUGUGAAAGAUGCCGAGCGUUGGCUUUGCUCGAGUCCGACGGCAUCAUCUUCACAUACCGACUCUCAGAACAGCGACGAUUUGAGGUUGAAGCACAGGCUGUGGGAAGUGACAUUGGAUGCAGAGCUCAGGGCCCGGAAGCUAUUGAGAGAUCUUGAUUCCAAGAUUGCGAGACCGAAUUCACAGCAGCAGGCGACAAGGCAACCGCUGCAAGAAGAUGCCAGAUCCACCCAGACGUCCCUGAAGAUGCCUUGGGGCAGUAAGAGGGACAAUGAGCUGCCGGAGGAAGAGCCAAAUGAGCCUCGGAAGAAGCGCCGGGACCAAGGCGACUCAGGCUCAGCACUGGAGCUCGGCCAGACUCAACGGCAAGAAAGAGCCAAGCAGGCGACGCAUGCAAAAGUGCAAGAGAAAAGCUGCCAGAGUGGCUGUGUUGAGGAGUGUAAGCAGCAAGAUCCGGCGGUAGAGCAGGGGCAGCAGACGACAGAGAGCGAUUUGCAAUUCGCCCUGCGGAAGCAAAAGGAGGAGCUGCAGAGGUUGCAGGGCGAGGCACAGAAGACGCAGAUAUCGCAACCCUCCCAGUGUUCGGACGCAUAUGCACAGCCCCGAGAGUGUCCUGCGAGUAGUGACAAGUCUUCAUGUGCGCGGACCACAUCUGACCUUCCUCGUGCACUUUGCCGUGACGCACCAGAAAUUGAGGUCGCGAGUACCAAACUGGCAAGAAACCAGCCGGCGAGCAUCAUCGGGCAAGUAACCGAAGUCUUGCUGAACUGUGCAAGUCAGCAUGGGCAAGGCUUCUCGGGUGUGACCUUGAACGAAUUCUGCGGUCAUUUUCGGCAGCUCGUGGGAAUGUCCCUGGACGAGUCUGUGCUGCUUGUGCAGGAGCCGAACCUGCUUUGCUUCCUCCGAAAGUUCCCUGAACAAGUCGAGCUCUUCAUGGACACCGAGACUUGUGCCUUUGGUAGGCUGACGUCGGGCGUGGGGCCAAUUAUCAUCUUCGAGGCGGGAUGGUCGCUGCGACAGCGCGAUUUCUUCUCCCAGAUCGGAUACAUUUUAUUGCUGGCCAUCAUUGGCACUAGCAUAUCUGUGGUGGUGGUGGGAAAACUCAUGCUGGCCACGUCUCAGUACCAUGGGAUCACCGAUGAAAGAACUGCGUAUGCCUUCGCGUCGCUGAUAUCAUCGACAGACCCCGUAGCUACCCUUUCUACGUUCGGCACUAUGAAUGUCGACCCCCUGCUGUUCAUCCUCGUCUUCGGAGAAUCCCAAAUCAACGAUGCUGUGGCCAUUACACUCUUCGAGGCCAUCAACUCCGGUGAUGGCUCCACCAGCUUCGGUGAGCUUUGCUUGCAUGUUUUCAUCCUCUUCUUCGGUUCCCUGGGCAUGGGUGUCGCGUUUGCCGUCGUCUCGAUCAUGAUCAUGCGAGCGACCCGGUUGGGCCAUUCCUCUGCGGACGCUAUCCUUUUCCUGCUCUUCACACCUUUUGCCAUGUAUGCCUUGGCGGAGCAGUGCAAGAUGUCUGGCAUCAUCACAGUGCUUUUCGGUUCCAUCGUCUUUGGCGGCUACGCGCCUCCACAUCUGACACAGGAGGCUACCACGUUCGCGUCCUUCUUGCUGAAGCAAGCUGCUUCGGUAGGGGACUUGAUCGUCUUCCUGAAUUGCGGACUCCAGGUGGUCCAUGUCAGUGAGAGGGGGCUGGUUAUGGGCUGCUGGGUCAUGCUGAUCUGCCUGGUUGCACGCGCGGCGGCAGUCUUCCCGAUGUCCUGGAUCUGCAACUCCAUUAAGUGGUGUGUCAGCCAGCGCAUCGAGACCGAAAAACGCCACUUCAUCACCUGGAAGCACCAGGUGAUGCUUUGGCAUUCGGGGCUGAGAGGUGGUAUCGGGUUAGUGCUGGCACUGGAGCUGGGUGAGUAUGUCGACCAGUCGAACGAGAUUCCGUCAGCGAAGAGUGAGCUGGUGGAUGCCACCUUUGUCAUGAUUUGCGUCUAUCUGCUCGUUUUUGGCGGUUCUACAGGCUUCGUGCUGCAACUCAUAGGACUGCCUUGGGGCAUGCAAGUUCCGGAGGACGCCAGCCUGUACGGUGCAGCCGACCAGUCUGGGAUGUUCUACCACUUGGGCAACAAGUUCCGAGCGACCAUUCUCAAACCCAUGCUGGUGGGAAAGCACCCGCACUGCGAGUCCAGCCUUGCGACGCAAAAUGUGGCGACGGAGGUCAUUCGAAAUGCCGUAGAGCGGGAGAGCAGCACCUACUUCGGAGAUCGAAAGCGGAGCUCCAUGAUGCGUCUUGUACCCUCGGCUGUAGAGCGAUUUCAUUCCGUCUCGAUGUUCGGCUCGAUGGAUCCGGCGCAUGUGGAGGAGGUCGAGGAUGCGAUGUGCGAUUCCGAACGUUCAAGCGAGGCAGACGCAGGCGCCGUGGCGAGCCAGCGUCGUCUCUCUGAGCUCUGCAGCCUGGGUGAGGACUCCGAAGAGGACGAAAGUGAUUCCGGCGAGGGAGAUGCCAAGGCUUGA